CCGCGGGGCCGCGGCAGGGGCUGCGCGCGCCCCGCCCGCGGCGGGAACGGGCCCGGCAGAAGGAUGAGUUAGGUUUCAUCCCAAAAAAAGCUCAAUGUGCCCGGUAGGGAGUAGGAGCGAGGACUUGAAUUGCAAGGAAAUAAGAUCCGCAGCACUUAGUAAGGCAAUUUCCUGCUGCUGUUUCUAUUGAGGAUGCUGGAUGUGUCAAGGAUCAGCCCAUGGCAGUGAAGCUACAAGUGCCCUGAGGCUGCUGCUGUAACGUGUCACAGGUGUAAGCACUGCAGCACUGAAAAGGAAACGCCAGCUUUGUGGAGCUCACAUGGAAAGUGGUGACAGACCAGAAGAACAAUUGCACAACUGUGAUGUAGCUGCCUCAGGUCCAUGCUGUUGGCUGGAACAGUAGGUUGAAUCUUUCUGAGCUAUGCCAAGAAAAAGAAAGCUGUUGGCUCAAUUAAGUGCUCUUCAAAACACCAGCAGCUUCCCUCAGAUCGAUGCCGUGGAGCAGCUGAACACUACACCUGGAGCAGAUCCUUCUCCAAAAAGCAGCAAAUAUUUUGUGAUAGAGAAAAAAAAUUCUCCUCAGCUACAGGAAGAUUUUUUCAACCAGCCCUGUGUUAGUCUGGCCAAGUCCUUUCUGGGACAGAUUUUAGUUCGCAAACUUCCUGAUGGCAGAGAGCUCUGGGGCAGGAUUGUUGAAACAGAAGCUUAUCUGGGUGGGGAAGAUGAAGCUUCCCACUCGAAAGGUGGGAAGCAAACACAACGGAACGCAGCAAUGUUCAUGAAACCAGGAACUCUGUACGUGUAUCAGAUCUACGGGAUUUAUUUCUGCAUGAAUGUUUCCAGCCAAGGAGAAGGGGCUGCAGUGCUGCUGCGUUCCCUGGAGCCUCUGCAGGGCUUGGAUGCCAUGAGGGAGCUGCGCAGCGCCUCCAGGAAAGCACCCAGCAGGCUGCUCAAGGACUGGCAGCUCUGCAACGGGCCCUCCAAGCUCUGCCAGGCCUUUGGCAUCGACAAGGCUUUUGACCAAAGGGACCUGACUCAGGAUGCUGCCAUCUGGAUGGUGCCAGGACAGGACCCGCCGGGGGAGCAGGACGUGGUGGCCACCACCAGGAUUGGCAUUGGCAACAGGGGAGAGUGGGCACAGAAACCACUCAGGUUUUAUUUACGAGGAAACAGAUUUGUGAGUGUUGUAGACAAGAAAAUAGAGAGAGAGAUGGCAGCAAGGGGACAUUCCCCUGGCAGCUGACAAGUCUUGCAAGUGUCCCAGGGACCAGGACUUGAGCUGUGCUCUGUACAAUGGCCUCAAGCUGCAUCAUGGCAGACAGAGGGGCUUGGGGGUUUUUAACAAUAAAUGUACUUUGUCACAAUGAA